AUGGCACAAGAAAUCACUCACCCAACUAUAGUAGACGGCUGGUUCAGAGAAAUUUCUGAUACCAUGUGGCCAGGCCAAGCCAUGACUUUGAAAGUAGAGAAAGUUUUACACCAUGAGAAGUCGAAAUACCAAGAUGUUUUGAUCUUUAAGUCCACUACCUAUGGUAACGUUUUGGUUUUAGACAAUGUCAUUCAAGCCACCGAAAGGGAUGAAUUUGCCUAUCAAGAAAUGAUUGCCCAUCUUGCCCUGAACUCCCAUCCAAACCCUAAGAAGGUUCUUGUUAUUGGUGGGGGUGAUGGUGGUGUCUUGAGAGAAGUUGUUAAGCACGAAUCCGUCGAGGAAGCCUGGUUAUGUGACAUUGAUGAAGCUGUUAUCAGACUAUCAAAGGAGUAUCUACCAGAUAUGGCUGCCUCUUAUUCCCACCCAAAGGUUAAGACUCACAUCGGUGAUGGUUUCCAAUUCUUAAGAGAUUACCAAAACACUUUCGAUGUAAUCAUUACUGACUCUUCUGACCCAGAAGGUCCUGCUGAAACUCUAUUCCAGAAGGAAUAUUUCGAAUUGUUGAACAGUGCUUUGACGGAAAAGGGUGUAAUCACAACCCAAGCAGAAAGUAUGUGGAUCCACUUGCCAAUCAUUAAAGACCUAAAGAAAGCAUGUUCUGAAGUUUUCCCAGUUGCCGAAUACUCUUUUGUUACUAUUCCAACUUACCCAACUGGUACAAUUGGUUUUAUGGUUUGUUCCAAAGAUAAAACCUGCAAUGUCAAGAAGCCACUACGUGAAAUCUCUGAAGAAAAGGAAGGUGAGUUAUACAGAUACUAUAACAAGAGAAUUCACGAAGCUUCAUUUGUCCUACCAACCUGGGCUGCCAAGGAAUUAAAUUAG